UUUCAUAGGUAAAUCAUCCACCCAGCCAGUUGUUGUGUUGUCGUAUGUAUGCACUGUACGGUUGUUGUAACAAUUGUGUCGUUUCGGUGGGUUUUCUUACAUUCUUUACUGAAUCGAACAAGCCAAAUUGAGCAAAUAUGUCUAAUCAGGCCCCGAAUAUGCCAUCAAUAGGGCAGUUAAACCAAGGCGCUAUACAAUACGUUAACAAUCCAAUGCAAAGUCCUCAACUGCAAUCUGUUCAGGGCUCUCCAUCACAGCACAGUCCAAUGGGAACCCAGGCUCAAGCAGGCUCCAAAGCCAGCCAAAGCGGAGCUGGAGACUCGACCACACCGCUAUUAAGCAGACCUCGGCUUCAAGAAUUAGUGCGGGAAGUCGAUCCCACAGUACAGCUCGAUGAAGAAGUAGAAGAAAUGCUGUUGCAGUUAGCUGAUGACUUCAUUGAUACUACACUGAAUGCUUCCUGUGCACUUGCUAAGCACAGGCAUGCCCCUACAGUGGAGCUGAGAGAUGUGCAGUUACAUUUAGAACGCCAAUGGAAUAUGUGGAUACCUGGGUUUGGAAAUGAUGAGCUUCGACCAUACAAGCGAGCUGCUGUCACAGAAGCACACAGACAGCGUAUGGCACUCAUACGGAAGACCAUCAAGAAAUAUUAGACAUACUUUUAAUUUUAGGAUUUGGUUAUAUUGGUAUUAAGUUUAGGGCCUGUUUCACCACUUAAUGAUAAAGUAUCUGAUAGCCUAUAUAUAAUAUCAGUACUUUCAGACAGAUUAUCUAGCAGUUAGUUUAUCUGUCAAAUUACAAAGUGAUAUUAGAAAGUGAUGAACCAGGCCCUUAGGGAACUUGUUUUCCCAGUUAGCCUUUAAAAAGUACAUGAUAAAAAAGUAAUAGGCCAAAGUACCUUUAAGCGAUUACAAUACAACUUAAUAAAAUCAUACUUUGUAAACUGAUGAUGAAGAGAGAUCAGUAGCUCGGAUACCUAUGACAUUUUAUCUACAUGACAGUAUAAAUUCCUAAUAGUUUCUUAUAUCCCACACAGCUUGUAAUAUUUAAAAUAUUUUAUCUAAAACCCAUCAUUGUUUCUACAUUACAUUUCAAAAUUACAGGAAUGUAGAGUAUGCUUUGCUAACUUAAGACUUUCAGCAAUUAUAAUUACUACAAAAACAAUGGGAAAAAUUAAACAUUUUUUAUCUUAAAAUA